AUCUGAUGAAAAGAGAUGCCCGGCAAACAAGAUCGCAGCCCGGCAAUCACGUGGGGAUCGGCCGUGGAAGGGGAAGGCCCAUUAAUUUUGAAAAUUGCAGUUCCGGGCCAGUCGUUGGUGAGGCUCAAGCCUGUCAACGUCCACCAAAUCCAAGUGGCAGGGCCACUUUUCACAGAAAAAGAUCAGUUUCUCCAUUGCCAGGUGUUUCGAAUAAUUACCAUCAUGGAACACCUAAACCAGCAGAAGAUCAAGCAUUAAAUAAAUCGGCGAAAAAAGUUGUAAAAAAAACAUCAAAUCCUACCGUCAAAGCCGCAGUCAAUUCUUCAGCCAAAUCUGCAGUCAAUUCUUCAGCCAAAUCCGUGUCAAAAGCUGGCUCGAAAUCUAAUCAUCCCAAACCAUCAUUGUCACCGGAUAUGUUUGAUGCAUCACCAUCACAACCUCAGCAACCUUGUCCGAGUGAUGAUGAUGCAAAUGCUCAACAAAUAGAAUUAAGCAACAGCAGAGACAGCUCAUCGGAUUCAAGCAAAGAAUACUUACCUCAAAAGUACAACAGAGAAGAUGAUGAUGGAACGGGUGAUGAAGAAGCUAGUGAUGUGGAUCAGCAAACAGGUUUUGCUGAGAAUGAUCGGGACAUACCUACAUCCAAUUUCUCUAGCACACCUAAAACAAAUAUUAACAAAAGAAGAUCUCGACUGGAGUUCGGGCAUGAUGAAGACGAUCAAAGUGAAGCUGCUCCCCAACAUGAAAAAAUCCGAAUAGAAUUCAACCAAGACUCUCUUUUAAAACUAUUCCAAAUGUUACCGAAGAUGCACUCCACAAUGAACGAGGUUUUACGGCGCCAAGAAAAUAUGAUGAGGCAUCUGAAAAUGCUUGAUCAAAAAAUGGAAGCCAUCACAAGUAAACUAGCAGGCGUCACAAACAAUGCUGGACCAUCUGAAUCGGAGCAAGUUGCUAGAUUGCUUUUAAAACUACCGCUAAACUCAGUUAACGAAAUGACUGAAUUUGUUGGAGAAAUCAAUGAUGCGAUUGCUGAUAAAAGCAUUACGAUUGGGUAUUUAAGAAAUGCACUGAAACUUGAGGGAGGCUCGACUGCAGAAAAACUCACAAUUAACAUAUUAAAAGCCGUGGUUUCUCUUGAAUUAGCCAGGAAAUUUACUUAUUUUGGAGUAAAAACUAAAGACGGCGACGGUGACAGACUCGCGUUUAGCUCUACCUUUAUUUGCAAUGAAUUAUUAAAAAUAUCUGUUAGGGAAAACUUUCCGAAAUCCGAGUUGGAUGAGGAAUUUUUUAAAAAACAUAUUUCCAAUUGGCUGAAUGGAAGUAAGGAUACGAGGAAAAAAAAUUUAAGUGCUAAACGGGAUUGAAAAUUUAAAAUUUCGUGUUAUUAAUUUAACUUAAUACUUUUUCAAAUACAAUAUUUCUGCAUCUCCAAUAAAGAAUUUUUUUGUUUAUUUCUUGUUGCUCAAGCUGUUUUAUAAACGCUUUUCAUGCCGUUUAUAAAACGAAAUAAAAUUUUAUACACACAUAGAAAUCGUGUUUAUGUGGCAACGUCUUUGAAGAUGAGUUUAGUCUAUACCAGCGCCACCGCACCCACGCUGAGGCAGCUACGCUAUCUUAAAAUAGCUUCAACAUGUGUACAUUUUAUUUUUAAUCAUUUUAAAAUUUGAAUUACAAUUUUCGUUACAUUUGAUCUGUAAGAAUUCAAUUUUGAAUCAUUUUCAUUUCAAAUUGAUUCACACACAUAGCAGACGCCAACACAUCAAGCGUCAUCAAUAGCGUGGUCUAUGGUGCAAUGCUAUCGCUGGAGUAAGUUGUUUA